CAGAAGUGAGAAUUAAAAGCUGUUGCAUUAGCUGCGCACAGCCAUGGCUCUGGUUCAAGGCAAAUGGGUCAAGCUUAAUCAAAAAGGAACUGGGCCUGGAGCAAGAAGCUCACAUGCCGUUGCCAUAGUAGGACAAAAGGCCUAUGUUUUUGGUGGUGAAUUCUCGCCACGUGUCCCAGUGGACAACAAACUCCACUUGUUCGACCUCAAAGAGACCACGUGGGCCGUCGCCGAUGCAACCGGAGAUAUUCCUCCGCCACGGGUUGGUGUUACUAUGGCAGCCGUUGGAUCAACUAUUUAUGUUUUCGGGGGUAGGGAUAGCGAACACAACGAGCUAAACGAGUUAUACUCGUUCGACACGUGUACGAACAAGUGGACCCUACUGUCUAGCGGGCCAACCGGGCCCGCUCAUCGGAGCUACCACUCAACAACAGCGGAUGAUCGCCACGUGUACAUCUUUGGCGGCUGUGGGGUCGCGGGACGGCUCAAUGAUCUAUGGGCCUACGAUGUUGCGGAUCAAAAGUGGAUCAAAUACCCAUUUCCGGGAGAAAACUGCAAGGGAAGAGGUGGGCCUGGGCUGGUAGUGGCCCAAGGGGAGAUAUGGGUCGUGUAUGGCUUUGCGGGACAUGAAGUGGAUGACGUACACUGCUUCGAUCCAGCCCAACAAAAGUGGGCUGAAGUUGAGACAACCGGGGAGAAGCCCACGGCUCGGAGCGUAUUUUCUACGGCUGGUAUCGGAAAAUUCGUAUUUAUAUACGGUGGGGAAGUAGACCCAAGUGACAUGGGCCAUAUGGGUGCAGGAAAAUUUGCUCAAGAAGUGUACGCAUUGGACACUGAAACUCUUGAAUGGAGGCGAUUGGAAGAUGGGCCUGACUCGGGCCUUCAUCCUGGGCCUCGUGGAUGGUGCGCGUUUUCUAGUGGGCUUUUGGAUGGCAAAGAAGGCCUCUUGGUGUACGGGGGCAAUUCUCCUAGUAAUGAUAGGCUUGAUGAUAUUUUCUUCUUUACUCCUAACUUCGAUGGUAAAUGAUCAUAUAUGUAUGUGUGUUAUUUAAGUGCUAGUUUGUUUGUUUGUUUU